CCUACUUUUAACACUAUUUUGUAGGACCAAACUUAUCUGACUUCAUAGUAAAUAAAUGUAUAGUUGUGUAGCUAUUAUAGGACAGCCAUUACAUUUAAUAUCUUUGCGCCGGACAAAAAGAUAACAUUGAAAAAAUAAUACUUGCAAAAUGAACAGAGUUAUACAACAAAUCCAAAUCAGAAAAUAUAUUGAACAUAAAUUUCAAAUUCAAACAUUCCUACCACAGGGUGGCUCUAAUAAUCUGACAGCAUAAAACUGACAGGAAACAAAAUUAAAAAAAAAUGCUUUGAAUUAAAAUUCUAAAUAUUAAAAAUAUCCAAAAAACGCAUUUGACCACUCUAAUUGUAUACAAUUUCAUGAAAUACACGUACAUUUUAGUUCAUAAAAUAAAAAUACAUAAAAAAACAAGACAUUUUCUUAUGGCAAAAUGUGAAGAUAAUCAAGGCACAUGCGCAAAAAACCGUUGCUAUGUUGCACCAGUAUUACACUCAUGCUUGUUCGCCAACUGCUCUGAUUGGCCGGCACGUCUACCAAUGAGGUCGAUUGUUUACUCCAUUAUUUGUUACAUUCCUCCGUAGGUCAGAAUGUCUACAUCAGCCGGCACGGUGCAUCCUUGCCAUUAUGCUACACUCGGGACACAGCCAUCCACCGUUGAUACCUUGUCCAAAAGUGUUGUAAACCAAGUGGCAUAAAUUCUUUCGCCCAAACAAUCCAUUUCUCAUAGUCAUAAAAACCUUUCGCACAGGUGGAUCGACGGAUUUUCGGGCUUGUUCUCUGCCGCAUGUAAAACUGGUCGUGUACGAUAUGCUCGCCAAUAGUGGUCCCAUCGCUUCCGAGCUUCACAUUCCGUACAGCGAAACAGUGCCGUGUACCACCGCGACAAUAACCGAUCCACCGUUAAACAGACCGCUUUCACCGCGAAAGUUCUUCGAGCGACUUUAUGGUCAUCUCGAGCGGGAUAAUCGUGCCAACGAUGCUAAUUGCAGUGAAGAUAUUCGACCGGCCACUAUACGCAGCGACCCUAAUAAUGUUUUAGCAAAGGCUAGUGAUGCAUGUGCGCUUAUUGAAACCCACCAUUUUAGUGAUUCGCAAAAAUCCGUGUCAGUGACCAGUUCGAUCAAUUCCGCCAGUCCACGGUCGUCUCUGGCAGUGGAUAUUGAGGAAGAUUCUUCCCAGAAUGCUAGCAUUUCGUCACCUCCGCUGCCAUCCGAUCGCCAUCCAGCAGGUCCACAACAUUACGGACCUGCUCCCGAGUAUCCAGGUGCCAGGAUAGGUGCUACAACAUCACAGUUCCCCAUUGUACCGUUGCCAACUCAGCAUCUGCCCCAACAGAGCGAUGUAUCCUUAGCCGGCGUGUCACAGCGGCAACCCGGCAUGGCCGUUUCGACUUUCUUUUCGUCUGCGGGAGGUUACGGUGCUACUUCGUUUCGACCAUUUUUUGGAAUUGCACAUGACGGAGCACAACUGCCGGCGGGAUUAUCUGCAUUUUUGGCCCGCCGUCGAAAAAAAGAAGGACGUCCAAGACGGCAACGCACUACAUUCAGCAGCGAACAAACUUUGCGACUCGAAGUUGAAUUUCAUCGAAACGAGUACAUUUCCCGAGGUAGAAGAUUCGAACUAGCAGAGGUGUUGAAACUUUCCGAAACCCAAAUUAAAAUAUGGUUUCAAAAUCGCCGUGCAAAAGAUAAACGUAUCGAAAAAGCACAAAUUGAUCAGCAGUAUCGGACAUUCGCCGCAGUAAAUGGGCUACUUACACCGUUCAGCCCACAAUAUCCCCCUGGAUUGAUUGCUACGCAACAACCUCACCAACACCCUUUACACCAUAGCCAGCUGCCACCACAGCAUCAGACACAGCCAGUGCAGUCGUAUGCAUCGAACAGGACAUUGCAAAGGUCAGGACAUCCGAAUCCAGAAACAAAGCGAUAUCAGGAACACCAGGGACCUCGCAGUGAUCGUGACAGUGAUAAGGAGCAAACAAAAAGAUAAAUCAACACUAGAAGCAAGCGUCGCACAGCGAGUACCAGAUUUACAACGGAAUAGCCUGAUCGAAAUAAAUCCUUGGCAAAAUCAUAUCCACCAACGAAUGUAACUAGUCCUUGUUAAAUGUUAGAGACGAAGCAAUAUUUGAUUUAAUUGUUUGAUCUUUUCUUACCAAUCCUUUUUCGAUGUGUUCGUCUUAAUCCUAUAAUUUGACCCAAAAGGAAGAUUUGAAACUGAUCAUGUGCAUUGUUUUUCGGAUAACUAACAUCUCCUCCUAGGGCUCUUUACAAGAAAAGUCUAAUC